CAACAUACAAGCUUACACAGGCAGCAAACAUUCCCUUCACUUGACCAUACGGCUAUUGAUCGUAAAUCCGGGCCAUUUUACUGUAAGCGAACCCCGCUUACCGAAGAUGGAGUCUAUCCCAAGUGAAUCGUUCUUGGAUGAGGGGCAGAUGUCAACAGCAAAUAAUAAAAGCAGUCUUGCCAAGGGAGAGGCAGCAAAAAAUAUGCAGCCGCUCCCAGAUGACUUCCAACCUGGAGAGAACGAUGUUAUUUGUGGGCGCGGCCGCAAUGUUUUCAACCACAUUGGUAAUGAUAGCUUUCGUACGAUUGUUGCGGGGUACUUGGAUCAUUAUAAUCAAGCUUCAGCCAAGUUAGAGAAGAGUUUUAUCCUCUCAGAGAUCGUUACGAAGGUCCGUGAACUCAGCCCGAACGGUGGAUUUGUGAAAAAGGAUCCCAAAUCAGGCCGCUGGUUUGAAGUAGGUGACUUUCUGGCCCGGGAGAAAACUUCCCAAGCAUUCCGCGACGCUCUUCACGACAAGUACAGAUCAAGCAACACAGCAAAAAAGCUGAGGCGCCAAGUCGAACAAAUAGACAGGCUGCAUUCCUCCCAAAGCGAUGAGGAACGAGAUUUUAUUUCGCAGAACUCGGCUUCCCUCCAAUUGGGUGAUCUUGAAUCUGUACAAUCAUCCUUACUUGGAACGGACCUACAGAGAGCGAACGCUUUUUUGGGGGAGAACUUACAGUUAAUGCAAGCACGCCGGUCAGCUCGUUCAGUACUGGACUUUCAUGCCAACAACAAGGCUACAGGCCCCCUGAAACAAAACAAUUUCAAUUGGUCAUGCCCUAAUCUCGGGAGCAAAAGAAACACAACUCCGCUCAAUACCGAAGCUUCGAUGCAAAAUUUCGACUGGGGUACGGCCGGCCAAACGAAUACCAAGCCCUCAGCGAGCCUUUUUGCAGAUUUGGGUGAUUUCCCUCCUCUGCCCAUCGCUAACGGCAUGCUGGCCAACCAGACAGGGGGUUUGCCGGGAAGAAAUCAAAACAGUGCAUCAUUCGCCAACCUUCCUCUCGGGAACACAUCGUUGCUUGCAAAUUUUUUGUCGCAAUCAAUUGCUCCCAUCCAUGAGAAUGCGCCUGUGGAAGGUCCAUCGAUUCAAGCUCUAAUGGGAAGAGCUUCCAAGUUUGAUCCGUUUGACAGCAUGCUUUCUCCCGAAGAUUCGCAAAAAGAAUCACUUAAGUCUUUGGAUGAUAUCAUGAUCACGCCUAUAGGAGCAGGUAAGGAUUCGGACUUGUUUGCUAAACUAGCACUACUCACUGAUGAAUAUAAGGGGGAUGGCAAUGUUUUUGAGCCGACACCCAUCGGAGAGACCGCAUAAAGCCAAUUCAUCUCCCCUGAUGUAGAUACAUGGAUGCCUUGCCAGUUUCUUUACUUUUGAUUGGCCUUAUACACUACUUCAUAUAAUAUUUUAUGGACUGAAUGUCAGCGUCAU